GCCAGGUACAAGAGAAAAGCGCGAAAUAGAAAUCAAAGUUCAAUUACUUAUCUAACUCUUAUCAUUUUUCUGAUGGUCGGCUAUGAUUAGACUAGACGUGCCGCUCCUGCUCAACAGACACGCCAGGCUCACACCAUGCCUGUGCGUCAAGCUCCUCCACCUUCCGCACCUGCACCGGCUCCCGCUGCUCGUCAAGCUCCCCCACCCACCCAACACACCCCUGCACCGGCUCAACAUGCCAUGACACCUACCGCUCCCGCUCCUCCCGUGGUUCACGCUCCUCAACCUCAGCAGCCUGGUUUGUUUGCUCAAAUGGCUACGACUGCGGCAGGUGUUGCUGUUGGUUCGGCGGUCGGUCACACCAUGGCCAAUGGCAUCUCUUCCAUUUUCAGCGGCGGUAGUUCUUCGGAGGAACCCGCUCAGCAACAACCCCAGCAGCAAUACGCUCCCCAACAACAACAAUACCAGCAACCCUUCCAACAACAACAACCUACUGCCACUGCUACAUGUGAAGCCGAUGCCAAGGCUUUCACCAAAUGUCUCGAGAACAGUGGCAACGAUAUCGGUUCUUGCCAAUGGUACCUUGACAACUUGCGCGCUUGCCAAGCUGCCGCUGCUCAAUACUAGACACUUUUUUCUUUUUUUUUGGAUGUGAAUGAAUGAUACCUGAUAUCAUAAACUAGAACAACAUAGUCAUUGUUAUUACAUUUUCACUGUUUUACUCUCUUUUUCUCUUCUUUUUUUGUGUUGAAAGGAACGAUGGUGGCGGUGUCAUUGAAUUUACCAUAAACGGGUCAGUUAACAUGAAAAAUA